AGCGGAGACGUGUCGAUUUGCACCUCCUGUUCUGUCACCAUUCAUUAUUAAGCACAUCUCUAUCUGUCUCUGUGGCCGCUGUAUCGACUUCUCGGCUGCUUCUGUCAGCUUUCAUCGCUCAGACUUCUUUUUAUUUUAUUUUUUUGUCUUCCAUUAUGUGUCAUAUGCAGCUGAGAACACUGAUUUUUGUAGCCUGGCUGCUGGGCUACGUGGCCUUCCUGCUCUCCAUCAAGAGGAUGUGGACAGGGAAACACAUCCGCAGUCCGCUGGUCCGCUCUCUAUUUAUGAGCAUGGUGACCGAGGAGGGUGAAGCGGGAACAGCCGACCAUCCGGAGUGGUACCGGUGCUGUCCAGACCUGCUGGGAGAAUCAGUGCGCCCCCUGUUUGUCCAGAGCCACAUGGACACUGAGACCAAGGCGUUUCUCAAGCACAGCCAGGAGAAGUCCAGCUGGCUUUUCACACAGCUCUAUCACUCUCUGGUAUCAUCUGUCCUCAGUCCUAUGGUGUCGCGCACCUCCAUCAAUGGCUUUCUGGGCCGGGGCUCCAUGUUCGUCUUUUCCGCCGAUCAGUUCCAGCAGUUGCUACGGAUCGGCCCGGACUGGGAGGCCGACAGGCUGCUGGAUCUUGGAGCCGGGGACGGAGGAGUCACAGAGGUCAUGGGAGUUCACUUCAAGCAGAUCUACGCUACUGAGGUCUCGCCACCGAUGAAGUGGCAUCUCCAGAGGAGGAAUUACACGCUGCUGGACAUAGAUGAGUGGCAGCACACUGGUUUCCAGUAUGAUGUAAUCAGCUGCCUGAACCUGCUGGACCGCUGCGACGAUCCUCUGCAUCUCCUGCGGGACAUCAGGAGCUCCCUGGUCCCCAAGACGGGAAGACUCGUCUUGGCUGCUGUGCUUCCCUUCCAACCUUACAUUGAAGUCGGAGGGAAGUGGGAGCGUCCGAAAGAGCACCUUAAAAUCGCGGGAAAGAUGUGGGAGGAGCAAGUCACAAAUCUGUGCAGUCAGGUUUUCAAGAGGGCGGGUUUUGAGUUGGAGGCCGUGACCAGACUGCCGUACCUCUGCGAAGGCGACAUGUAUAACGACUACUAUGUACUGGAUGAUGCGGUUUUUGUUCUCAAGGCAUCAGAGGACGCUGGAGAUUCUCCUCAGUGAGAAUGGAACUGAUUGUCAGAGGUGGGGAUGCGCUCCAAAUGUUUUAGGGGUUUCUUUUUUCUUCAUGGGUGGCAGUGGAAUGUAAAACGUGUCGUUCUUGCAGUCAUCCGUUUCCGACUUGGGUGGAAAUGGGGAGUUGCAUGUGAAGCUCAGGUGCUCCGGUUUAGAUCUUUUGGAUCCAGAGAUACCUCAACUACUUAAGCAAUAAGGGGGGAAAAAAAGAGAGGCUAUCAGGACAGCCACUAAAAAUGAGGUUCUAACAUAUCAUCACCGUGCUGUAAGUGUUAAUCUGUAAAGUCUGGUACUUGUGUUUUGUGUUAAGAUUUAAAUGUUAACUUCACCAGUGAAGGCAAACAUCUAUUUUUUUUUUUACAUGACAAUUGUAAAUACUAAUGGAAAAAGUAAAAUAUUUACAUUUUCUGGUUACUGAGUAAAGGUUCAGCAAAACAAAGUGAACUUAUAACUCUGCCUUUAGUGCUUUCUAUCAAGUUUAUUAGUAAAAGCUCUCAAAUUUGCUCAUUCACCUGUAAAUCUGAGUAGCACAGGAGUGAACCUACAAAAACAGAGGCGAACUAAAUCAUUUUAGGGCCCGGGCAAAAUUAAAGCCAACAGUCCACCACUUUUUUUUUUCUUUAACCAUUCGGUUUUCUGUUAUUUCUUUUUUUGUUGUCUAAGAGCUACUUGCAGUUUCCUGCUGUUUUUACUGCUGCGAGUGUUUUAUCAUUGCAGUAUUCAACAUUUCUUUGUGUACAAUUGUUUCAGUCUUAGUUAGAUCUUUAUUCGUUUUAUCUGUAUCUGCGGAUGUUGCUUUCUGGGACAAGAUGCGUUUGAUUUUUUUUUUUCUUGCUCAUGGCUGGAGUACAUGGUAGCUUAAAUUUCUGCAGUGUUCAUUUUAAAUGGGAAGCCAUUUGGUCUUGGAGGAUUUAUUGUCAUAUUAUGCACACACACAACAAAGGACCAUGUUGUAUUGACUGUCUGUAAAGAUGGGAAAAACACUAAGGUUAGAAAAAUGCCAAAAAAUGUUAGGUCAACCCAAUAAAAUACAUGACACAAAUUGUAAGCUAUACUGACUAAAAAUAUAAAAUACUUUGCAAAACAUUUACACACAUUUUCUGGAGGUACUGCUGACAAAAUUUACAGCUUUUGAGGCCUAGCUAAAAUGAGGUUAUACGUUGAACAAGAGCAAAAAUGUAAGUUCUAAUUGCACCUUAGAGCUAUUUAACACUUUUUUCCCAACAUGUUUAUGUUGGAGGUUUUUCUACAAAUGUGUUAUGAAGUCUAGCUCUGACAUAUGAUAGCUUCAUUGGUUAAUUUGUUAUUUUACUGUUUUCCCCCCCAACCACUUGAUGUAAAAUAAGGUUUGUUUUCCAGAUGAUGAUGCCAAAUGACAAUUCAAAAAUGUGCCAUGAUGUUUUUGUGAGUAAAAGUUGUGUUCCUGGAUAAAAACUACACAUUUUUA